GUAGGCUAGGACAUUGCGAUGCUGCUGAGUAUUAGCUGGGUAUCUGGCUAGCACAAUGUCGCAUAACCUUUGACAACAGCCAACUACAAUACAGCCGAAACUUUUCGUUAUGAAUUCCCAUCAAGGGGGUGGCUUUAGGCUAUCACCUAAUUGUCUCAUUAUCUCUGUAGUUAUUGCGUUUUUCACGAAAACGGUCCUCGGUUUCAGCCCGAACCUUGAUAGUGAGUUUACAUUUCUGCUGCCAGCAGGAAGAACAGAAUGCUUCUUCCAAACCGCAACGAAAAAUGGCUCUAUGGAAGUUGAAUACCAGAUCAUUGCAGGCGCAGGCAUGGAUGUGGACUUCACCAUCCUCUCUCCGCACGGCUACCAGCUGAUCUCAGAGUUCCGGCGCUCUGACGGCGUCCACACUGUGGAGCCCACUGAGGAAGGAGACUACCAGAUCUGCUUUGACAACAGCUUCAGCCGCUUCUCGGAGAAGAUGAUCUUCUUCGAGGUCAUCCUGGAGGUGCCGGCCGCGGACGAGGGCGGGGACGACGAGUGGGCGGGCCUCGGGGAGCCUGAGAGCCUAUUAGAGUACAAGCUGGAGGAUAUCAGGGAGUCUAUGGACUCUGUUCACCGGCGUCUGGAGCGGAGUCGUCAGAUGCAGACGGCGCUGCGGGCCCACGAGGCCCGGGACCGCUACCUGCUGGAGGACAACUUGUGGCGCGUGUCCUUCUGGUCCUGCGUCAGCCUGGUGGUCAUGCUCAGCGUGGCGCUCAUGCAGGUCUACACCGUCCGGCGCCUCUUCCAAGACAAGAGGAGGGUGUGCACGUAGAGGAGCAGAAGGGCCAUUUAGUUUGAUUUCAACAAUCAGUCUUUCCCUUCUUUCUUUCUUUCUUUCUUCUCUACUUUCUCUCCUCUCUCUUUGUCCCGCCCUCCCUUCUUCUCCCUCUCUGUCCUCUCAAUAUAGAAAGAGAUCAGUCUUUUCCCUCUUUCUCUUCCUCUCUCCCUCCCUCAUUCCUGUGCCCUCAGGCUGUCCCCCCGCCAGUUACUUUUAUUCACUCUCUCUUUAAUUCUCACGCUUUUUUUUUUUUUUUUAAGUGCCAUUGCUAUGUCACAUGGCCUGAUGCCUCCUUGUCUGAGAGGGAAACAUUGUGCUCUCUGUUUCUGUUUCUGACUCGGCCCCUUUUACUGGUGCUCUCUUUCUCUCUCUCUCUUUCUCUCUCUCUCCCUUUCUUUUUUGUCACCCCAACAAUUUGCCAGAGGACUACCUGUGCCAGUUUUGCUGCCCGUCUAUUUGAGUAGUGACGAGAGAAGAAUCAAUCAGUUGCCCUCUCACAAUCACCUCAGCCAAUCACAGAGGAUGGACAGAGAGAGAGAAGAGAAAAUGAGAGAGUAAGAAAAGAGAGAGAGAGAAAAGAAGAGAAGAGAGAGACAAACAAACAGAGUGGGCGAUAAAGGGUUGAUAAAGAUAUAGAGUGUGUCUGUGAGAUGGAGGGAGAGAGAGAGAGAGAGAGAGAGAGUGAGAGAGAGAGAGAAAUAGAAAUCAGGAGUGGUAAUGUGUUUCUGAAGUGUGAAUAUGGAAUGAUUAGGUUGGUUCAAUGCAGUGCCUUUAUUUCCUCUGUAGUCUUGCUGUAUUGAGUAGCAAGGCCACUGUAAGCACGAGGCUUUGGCCUGAGCGCCGCCAUGUUGGCUAAAGGCCAGUGAAUCCUCCUGCUGUUGUGUUCCUUCUGUACGUGGCCUUUUGCCUCACUAGUCAUCGUGCUUUUAAACAGCUACGCAGCUCUUUGUGUGUUUUUGUUGUUGUUGUUGUUUUAAGGCAAUCCUCCAUGAGGGAUGGAAUUUGUGUGUGUGUGUGUGUGUGUGGGGGGGGGGGGGGCGUUGAUAUUUCAUGUAAUAUUUCGGCUUUAAUCGAUCAAUCAUGGUUCCAAAUUUUGCGAGAUUUAGGGGAGGGGGGCAUUAUUUGUUUUCCCGGACAAAUUUAGUUUUUCUCUCACGGACUUCAGGACUUCAUUCGGUACUUGUUUCUUAAUCACCAUUGCCACCACUUUUCUACUUGCCUGCAACAGGCUGCAGGGGACAGGAAGUUAAUGGCUGGGUUGCUCUUGACAGCAUCAUGUGAUCAGAGUUUCAGACACGUCAUCAGAUCCUGCCUUGCCUUCCUCGUGUGGAACAGAGCAAUGGUGAUGUUUACAUAAAUUCACGUUUUAAAGUGCUUUUCUUGUAAAGUGUGUGUUUUUAUGAUUGUGUUAAUAUUGACAAAAGGGAGAUGAGUAUCAGUGUGAAAUGCAUAAAUAAAUAUAAAACAAAUAUGUAUGUGUGUGUAUAUGAACGUAUCACACACAUGAAUAUGAUGAUACAGAUGGAUUUUUUUAAGAGUUUACUUUUUACAAAAAAUAAACAAAAUUAAAUGUACCCAAGACAUUCUUAUUUGCCUUUCGGCUGGCUUGUAAUUGCUUGAUUUAAACUUCACGUGUUUGAAAUGUGGGAAUUGUAGUUUUUUGUUUUUGACAGAAGAGAAAGUCACAGUGACCCACAGGGCUGCAUUCAGUGUUUAGUGGCAAAGCAGGUUCUUUUAGACUUUUCAGAGCACUAGAUGUGGGAAUUGUAGUUUUUUUUUUUUUUUUUGACAGAAGAGACAGCAGUUCUUGAGUGUAGUUUAUCCCGUCCUAUGUAAAGACAAAUUUUCCUGAGCAUGACAUCUGGGCAUUUGUACUAUUGUGUAAUCAUUUGAACAUAAUGAGAAAGAAGUUCAGAGGUGGGUCUUUUUAUUCUGUUCUGACUGACUUUGUUUCGCUAAAGAGUGGACAAAAGAUGAAUUAGUUCAUCUUGGAUGGAGUGCGUCUCUGUCACUGAAGAGCACGUCCGUCUCAUGAGCAGUAUUUCCUGUGUGGUGAGAGACGGCCGCAGAAACAGGAAGAGGUUGGGCAGACAGACUGACUAUAUGCACGGUGUCGGUCAAACAGUCGUCAGCAUAAAAAUAGCUGCAAUAUUCUGGACUUGAAACCAUGCAACAUCCAUGCUUGGUGUUUUUCCACAUGAUCCAGACAAGUCAUCGAUAACCCAAAGGGCCCUGAACACAUGGGCUCGGUCAUUUUUUUUUUUUUUUAGGAUUUUAAAGGAUUAAUUCAGAAGGGAUAUUUAUCAGUAUAUGUAUCUUGCCUGAUCUAUUAUCUUCAUGCCUUUGUCCUCUAUUUCUACACAUAGACAAACCUGUAGGCUAACAUCGUUCCUCCUCGGUCUUCCCCGUAGUCCUGUCGUAGUCGUGGUGUUUGAUGCCCUCUACUGGCCAUUUACAGUAGGUGUCAGGGUGAAGUAGUUGCAGUCUAGGUUGAACGUGCAUCUGUCAAGCUGAACAAUUACUGUAAAAAAAGUACAGACAGCAUGUCGACAUGGCUUUCCAGUACGUGGACAUAAAGCCAACAUUCUGCACCUCAAAAUGUGUCGCAAGAGAAAUGGAUCACCGUUGUAGAAUUAUCACGUCCACGUUUGCAUAGUCUGGAUAAGGUUUCAUAUGGAGAAAAAACACACACACACAAAAGAAUAAACAAAGCAAGUAAUACCUUUUAUUAUUGAUGAUUUUGAAAAGACAGGGGCAAAGGCCUCUGUGCCAGAGUAUUCACAGCCCAUAAGAACACACUUAGGUGUGGAUUUAUAUUUCUUGUCAGUUAACACUGGGCAGUGUUCGUGUAAUUCAGUGACCGAUCUCACCUCGAUUUGAUUUCUGGUGUGCAGUGCUGUACAAUUUAUGUGGACAGCAUAAAAUACCCACCAGUAACAAACCAAAACAGCUUAUAUAAUUACUAGGCCCUUUGUGUUUGUAAAAGCUAGGAAAUGCAGGAUGAAUGACAAGUGUUGACAAAGCAAAUGACAAAGUUUAAAGCACUUUGAGCUGCAUU